UGGGGCUCAAUAGCUAAUUUGCUGAGCUCACUCACAGAGAGCUGUCAAAGUAAAUUCAAUACCAUAAAAAUAGAAAGAGCUGCUUACAUAAUGGAACAGCAAAGAAGAGGAAAAGACACUAAAGAAAGAGAAGGUCAAUUGUACCCUAAUUCUUCUGUUUUUCGAGAUAUACCCUCAUUCAUUCACGAUCCUGUGAUGAAUGAGGAGCAUAGCUCAUCUCCUAUGCCAAUGGAAGGAAUUGCUGGUUGUGAAAGAGAAAGAUUAUCACCUCCUACCUCUCAUCAUAAUCAGCAGUAUUAUAGCAGACCUCUUCUCUCUGGUGAAGAAUGUCUCAAAAUGCUUGAAGCUCAGCUACUGUUGAGAGAUUCUAAAUUGAAAGAAAACGACAAAAUACUGUUAGCGUAUGAAAGAGGUGAAUUCCCUCUUGAGCAAACACCAACAAAAACAAAUAGAAAAGAAAGCAAAGAACUGGCUCAACCUCAACCUGACAUGCAACAGCCUCUCCAGCAAAUGCAUAGCAGCUAUGAGCAGCAAUAUGGUGAAUCUGCAUCUAAAAAGAUAAAGAAAGAUGAGGAUCAUGCUGCUGCAACAAGUAAAGAAGAUGCUACUAGCAUUAGAGACAGUGAUAAUUCUGAGAUGUGCCUCCCUAAUGAAAAACCUAAAAGUGAGAAUGGAGUUAAACCUAAUGAAGCCUGCAACGUAAUAAUAAGGAAACACACUCCAUUAAGUAAUGAUUGCAUUACUACUGCUAUAUCAAGCAAGACUAUUGAAGCAAGUGAUGAGCUUAAUAGAGGAGUUGCAAGUACUGCUAUUGCUAAUGGAAGCACUUCUAAUGUUAAUACUGCUGCUGCAUGUACUGGUACUGUAAUGCCAUCAUGUGUAAGAGGUGAAAGAUCAGCUCAGAUCUAUCAAUCAAUGAUGCAAAGAAUGCAUAGAAAGAGUCGAUUGUGUACAGAAGAAUCAGUUUCAGCAAGAAAUGAUACAAGUAAUGAUGAAGCAAUUGCAAAAGCCUUGCAAGAAGAAUGGAGAAAAAAUCAAUCACUUCCAAAUGAAAAGGAAGAAGCUGAUUUUAGAUUAGCCCGUCAAAUGCAGGAGCAAUUCGACAAUGAAAUGGCUCAAGCAAUAAACAGCUCUGGGAGUGUAAUAGUAACACAAUACAGUCCAUAUGCAGAGCCAUUUCAAGAUGCUCAUCGUGGUUAUACUAAAAUCGCUCCAAGAGGAGCUGUACCAGGAAGAGAACAGCAUGGACGAUUAAUAACUGGACAAAUGAGACCAACUUACGAUAGAGGGAACAGCUCUGGGUAUGAGAGUGGGGGAGGGGCCAUAGAAGAUAUGUCAUACGAGAGGCUCUCAGAAUUGGAGGACGUGUCUGUUGGAUUAAGUUUUAAUGAAUUGACUCGAUUAACACGUGUCACUACUUAUGAUAAGAGUGAAGGUGGUGGAGACAUGUCACGCUCCUGCAGUAUUUGUUUUGAUGAAUACGUUCAAGACCAACAGUUAAGAGUUCUGCCUUGUUUCCACAAGUUUCACAGACACUGCAUUGAGAAGUGGUUGUCUGAAAAACCAACUUGUCCUGUCUGUUUGAAAAACAUUGUGUCAUAAAAACACUAUAUGCAUGUACAUGUACUUGUAUAAAGUUUUAUUGUAUAUGUGAGGUAUGUUGAUAAAAUAAUUUAUUGAUAUA